GCAGGUUUGACUACUUCCUGUUUAUUUCCUACUUUCAGUUUGAUGCGUGAUCGAUUAUUGAUAUCUUGUUUGCUCUAAACAUCAUCGUUCACACAACCAUGCAGAUCAGUCCCUUUGCCCAGGCUGUCGGCGGAACUUCCUGUCUGCUGGGCCUCAUCUACUGGCUACUAACAAGGAGGAAAAGGACGUCAUUGAAGGGCAAGGUUGUCCUCAUAACGGGAGCUAACUCCGGACUGGGGAAGGCACUAGCCGAGGUUUUUUUCAAGGCAGGAUGUAAAGUCAUACUAGCUGGUAGAAAUCUAGCCCAGCUCAAUGAUGUUAUGGAAGGAUUGAAAACUAGACAUUCAAAGUCACCAAGUGACCUUGCCAUUCUCACAGUUGACCUUUGUGACCUUCAAUCACUAGAAGGUAAAGGUCAAGAAGCUGGUGCUAUUUUUGGAACAGUCGAUGUUCUUAUAAACAAUGCAGGGGUGAGCUACAGGGGGAAUAUUGCAGAAACGACCAUAGAUGUUCACACCAAGGUCAUGAAUGUCAACUAUUUUGGCCAAAUUGCGCUCACUAAGGCCUUACUACCAAUGAUCAAGAAAACCAACGGACAUAUUAUAGCCAUCAGCUCCGUACAAGGAAGAAUCUCACAGGCUUACAGGUCUGCAUAUGCAGCUUCAAAGCAUGCCCUCCAGGCGUACUUCGACUGCCUACGGGCGGAGCUGUGGUCCACGGGCGUCCAUGUAUGUGUGGUUUCCCCAGGCUACAUCCAGACUGAUCUUUCACUGAAUGCUGUGUGCGCAGAUGGCUCAAAAUAUGGAGUGAUGGACAAGACAACAGAAAGUGGCCUACCACCGGAACAAGUAGCUAAGUCAGUGUUACAGGCCAUCGAACGAGGAACGCCAGAGAUAUUUCCCGCCACUCUUACCCAGAAAACCGCCAUUGUUUUAAGGGCUGUGUGUCCAAGACUUUUGUUUUAUAUCAUGAAGAAACGAGCCAAAAAACAAUGUAAAGAAGCUAACAGUCGACAUAUGAAGCAAAGUUGAUACCAGACUCGAUGCGUGGUUGAAAGUUAAACGGGCAUUCUCCGAGUUGGCAAGUUCAUUUCAAUAUAUCAAAGUAUAUUGAAGAAUAAAAAAAUACGUAUUGAAUAAAGCUUCUUGAAAGCUUCUCAACAACAACAACAACAACAACAACAACAAUGACAUUAUUUGGAUAUAAGGGCAAUUUAUAUAUCUCAACAACCAAGAAAACAGUAUCAGAUUACAUUGUGAGAAAUCUUAAUGUUAUUUGGGAAUAUUGUAAUUUUCAACUCAAUAUUUACACUAGUCAAUCACUAGUCAGUCUAACACUCUUCGGAGAGUUAUUAAUGGUAGAAUAAAUGAAUAACUAAACUAUUUAAUUGAAUACCCUAUGACCUGAUAGCAAAAAUUGCGGAAAAAAAUCAAAUCAUAACUCUUUUUUUAAGUAUCUUCCAGCAACAUGUCAGUUUUUAAAACAAAAACAAUAAACAUUUAAAUGUUGACAUUCAUUUAUUUGUGAUUAUAUCUCGCAUAAAACCAUCUUUCAGUAACUUUAUAAACUGGUGUAAUGGAUAUGGUCGCUGACUGCAGACCCAGAUAACCUGGUUUAGAAUCCUGCAGCUGGUAGAAUUUUUUCAAUUUUAUUCUUUUUAAUUUAUUUUUUACUAUUUAUAUAUUUUUCAAUAUUUUUUUAAUUUUCAGAAAAGUUUAACAUUUUAUACAUAAACCCCCAGAUAUUGUGCCUUUAAAAAUUAAGCCAUGUACACUGUCAUUGCUAAUAAAAUUGGUGCAUGACUAAAUUCAUUAUUUUUUUACAAUUUGUAAUCAAGAGCACCAACAUUGCAUUACAUUUGUAAAUCACUUGUGAAGUUGAAACAUUGUCCUGUAUUCAUUGUAAUGAUGUUGAGGAAUAUGAUCACUUUUUAUCCAAUUUUUUACAUCAACCAAAUUUUGAUCAACCAAACUUUGUUAAAAAUGUGGUAUUACUGAAUUGUUUUACACAUAAAAUAUAUUGUCGUUGUAUAUAUGAUAGACCAAAAAAUAUUCAAUUUGUCAAUAUACGGUAGUUUUAUGUCAAAUUUGCUUCUGUAACACAUUUAUAUAUUGUACUACCAUAAAUGUUCUAGUAGAUGCACAAGGCACCAUUUUUUGAAGAACCGUGUGACCUAAAAAAAAAUAAUAUUUUCCGCAUUUAGCAAAGUUAUUAAGAGCUGCUGAAUUCGAUUAUUAUUGAAACGCUUGUCACAAUUAACUAUCACCUAGAUGGUAGGUGGAAACGAAAGCCUGCCACUGACCUGAGUGAAUCAGUUACUGCUAUAUAAUAGCUAUAUAUACUCACUGCUAUAUUAAUCAAUAAAAUGUUCUUCUGCUAGCUUUACUUGGCUUCACAACUUUUAGAAGAAUGAGGGAUGUCUGGCUCUGAUAUCAAUGUAGGUGGAGUAAGGUAGGGUCUGGGUUAAUAUGCAUGAUGUCAUCAGUCAGAGCAGUCGCACUAUGAACAAAUGCGCUGAUGUUAUGCUUUUUAUGGAAAAAAAAUGCAUUUUCUUUUUAAGCUUAGAGUAAAGGUAAGCAAUGUUCAAGGUACAGAAUCAGAAAAAAAGAUCAUAAAAAUACCACAUGCACGUUUAUUAGGGCAUGUGCGUCUAAUACAAUAUUUACGGUAUUUAUUACUAUUAAAACUAUAGUAGAUCAAUAAGCAUUUAUUUAAAGAUAUGUUAUGUAUGUUACUGCAUUUGUUUUGUCUUUUUUGUUGUUGUUUUGAAAUUCCUUUAUGAAAUUAUAAUUCAUAAAAAUAUUUUUUACAUAAUUGUAUACCAAAUAAACAAAUUGUCAGUUUUGGCAAUAAA